CGAAUCUGGCAACACUUUUCUCGUUCUCUCGGCGUUUUCGUUGAGAAAAGUGCACAAAAAUCAAAAAUUGCUGUUUUCUGCUGCAGUUUGUUCGAGUGAUUGCUGAAAACUUCUGGCGCGAACUGCGACACAAAGACAAUCGGAGACGACGCUGGGAGUCAGUGGAUAACCAGGACUACAGGAAAGUGAAGAAGUCAAACGGGCAGGAGCAGCUAUAAAGGAUGUCUCAAGCCGAGAAAAUGCAUGCCCAGGAGCAUGACGAGGACCCGUCCUCGGACCUAGAGCAGUCGGGCGAUGGCGUGGAGGGUCAGAGCGACGAGGACUACAACGAGGAUGAAUUGCUGUCCGGCCAGGACAUGCAGCAGGGCGACCAGGAAGACGACGAAGACGGAGACGGGGACAACCAAGACCAGUCAGCUGACGGCCAGGGCAAUGGAAACGGAAAUGGCGGGAAUAACAGCGGAGCUACUGCCAAACAGCUGCAGCAAGAGCAACAGCAGCAGCUCGACCGCGCCAGCGCCACCAAUCUAAUCAUCAAUUAUCUACCCCAGGACAUGACGGACCGCGAGCUCUACAAUCUCUUCAGCGGAUGUGGACCUAUCAACACCUGUAAGAUAAUGCGCGACUUCAAGACCGGAUACAGCUUCGGCUACGGGUUCGUGGACUACAAAUCAGAGUCGGACUCGGAGGACGCCAUCCUAAAGCUCAACGGGUUCUAUGUGCGCAACAAGCGUUUAAAGGUCUCAUAUGCUCGUCCUGGAGGACAGUCCAUCAAGGACACCAACCUGUACGUGAUCAACUUGCCGCGCAACAUCAACGAUGAAAUGCUCGACAGGAUAUUCUCCGCUUUCGGCCAGAUCGUCCAGCGCAACAUUCUUCGUGACAAACUAACAGGACGUCCCCGUGGAGUGGCCUUUGUUCGCUACAACAAACGCGAGGAGGCCCAGGAGGCGAUCAAAACACUGAACAACACUGUGCCGGAGGGCGGAUCGCAGCCGAUCUGGGUGCGACUGGCCGAGGAGCACGGGAAGGCCAAGGCGGCGCAGUUUAUGGCGCAGAUCGGAGGAGGUGGUGGACCGGGAAGCGGUCCUGGUGGUCCUGGAGGACCCGGCCCGCAUAUGGGCGGUGGGCCGAUGCAGAUGCCACAUCAUCAUAACAACCACCACAAUAACCAUCACCACAACAACCACCACAACGGGCCACCGCAUAUGCAGCAUCUCCAGCAGCAGAACCACCCGCAUCCGCACCACCACCCGAUGCACCACCAACAGCACCACAAUAAUCACCAUAAUAACCACCAUAAUAAUCACCACAACAACAAUCACCACAACAUGGGCCCCCACCCGAUGCAGAUGCACCCCAUGGGUAUGGGUAUGGGCAUGGGUAUGGGGAUGGGAAUGGGCAUGGGAAUGCCCAUCCAUGGUGGUGGCGGUGGCGGAGGCGGCGGUGGCGGAGGAGGAGCCGGUGGCAACUUCCACCACAUGGCGCACAGAGGUAGAUCAAACAGAAACACACGAUCUCAAAAACCGCAUCCCUAUAACCAUGCACAGAAAUUUAUUUAA